UUUACGACGUUGUGCGUCAACUCCCUAGUCCCCCACCAUCACCGUUCUACAGAGGAAGAAAGGGGGAGACGGGCAACCUAUACUGAACGCUGUAAGUGUAGUUUUUAUUUAUAUCGAAUAUUGAAAUCCACUUAUAUAGUUGAAGUCUCUGCCGGUGUGGCUAAUAAUAACGUUCAACCUUGCCCCGGCUUUAGUUUACAUAAAUAUGAGCGGCAGCGGGCGGCCCAGGACCAGCUCAUUCGCUGAGCCUCCCGGAGCUCCCGGACCUGCUGCAGCCGGUGCCGGAUCGUCAGUAGCCGGCGGAAGCUCGACAGGAAAAACUGGGGCUUCACAAGCCAGUGGAAGCAGCUCGACGAGCUUUGGGAAUUUGAAACUUCCUAGAGACAGUGGCAAAGUGACGACAGUGGUAGCCACGCCUGGCCAGGGCCCUGAUCGCCCACAGGAAGUGUCCUACACAGACAUAAAGGUUAUAGGAAAUGGGUCCUUUGGAGUUGUCUACCAGGCACGCCUCAUCGACAGCCAGGAGAUGGUGGCAAUUAAGAAAGUUCUCCAAGACAAAAGGUUUAAGAAUAGGGAGCUGCAAAUUAUGAGGAAAUUGGACCAUUGCAACAUUGUGAGGCUACGUUACUUCUUCUACUCCAGUGGAGAGAAGAAAGAUGAGGUGUAUUUGAAUCUUGUGCUGGACUACGUCCCGGAGACAGUGUACAGGGUGGCUCGGCACUUCAAUAAGGCCAAGACCACCAUCCCCAUCAUUUAUGUUAAGGUGUACAUGUACCAGCUGUUCCGCAGUCUGGCUUAUAUCCAUUCCCAGGGCGUGUGUCACAGAGACAUCAAGCCUCAGAACCUCCUGGUGGACCCAGAGACGGCCAUCCUCAAACUCUGUGACUUUGGCAGUGCAAAGCAGCUGGUUCGAGGGGAGCCAAACGUGUCCUAUAUUUGCUCACGGUACUAUCGUGCCCCAGAGCUCAUAUUCGGCGCCACCGACUACACAUCCAACAUCGACAUCUGGUCAGCCGGCUGUGUGUUGGCUGAGCUGCUGCUGGGGCAGCCCAUCUUCCCUGGGGACAGUGGAGUAGACCAGCUAGUAGAGAUCAUCAAGGUUUUGGGGACACCAACAAGGGAGCAGAUCCGGGAGAUGAACCCUAACUACACAGAGUUCAAAUUCCCACAGAUCAAAGCACACCCUUGGACUAAGGUGUUUAAGCCUCGUACCCCUCCAGAGGCCAUUGCCCUCUGCUCUCGGCUGCUGGAAUACACACCAGUGACCAGGCUGUCUCCCUUAGAGGCGUGUGCACACGCCUUCUUCGAUGAGCUGCGCCAGCCCAACACCCGCCUGCCCAGUGGACGAGAACUGCCGCUUCUCUUCAAUUUCAGUCCCGUUGAGCUGUCUAUCCAGCCCCAGUUGAACUCCACACUCAUUCCUCCUCACGCUCGUGCACAGACAUCGCCUGCCUCACAUGAGGGCAGUGUGUCAGACAGUACCGCCCAGCCCAGCUCAGCACCUGGAUCCCUCAACAACAGCACCUGAGCAUUAAUCCCUCUGUCAUAUUUUCUGUUUCUUCCCCCAUUUUCCUUUUCUUUCCUCUGCUCCUCUCCCUCUCAACCUUCCUCCUGGCUCCAAACCCCUACAAUAGGAAAAAAAAGAAAAAGAAAACUAGACACACCCACAUAAACACUCAGCGUUGCUAUGUUCCCUGAAUGCUAACGAUUUCCAGUAGAAAACGAUGCCUACAGCUCCUUGCUUCAGAAAGCUGCGGGUUGUUUUCAAAGCAUUUUGGUAACUGAGCUUCAGCUUAAAGCAAGCUGCAGCUUUAAGUCUGAGGUGGCCCUCGUCUGGCUUCUAAGAAUAAUAAACCUUUCCAUUGGUUUGGUAGGAUGUUUAGGAGAUGUGGAGGAGGGUUGUCCAUGUUGUGUAGAUUCUCUGUAUUAUAAUCAAUCCUUUUAAAAGUUUGUUUUAUUUACACUGGCUAAUUUUAUGUGUGGCCGUGGUGCCAUAGGUUUGGAUCCUGAUUGGCUAUGAAACUGAGAAUAAGGGCAGCAUUUAAGGCCUCGCUCAUAUUGACAAUCAUCCUCAGUAGGGUCAAAAAUGACAGUCUUUUACUGUACAUAGCAUUCGAUUGUACAGCCCACAGUGUAGACUUGUGGCUCUACUGUCUCUUUCCCCCCUGAACUCUAUUCAAGUUAUCAGUUUACCAAGCCCAGUGGUGAACACAUGAAGAUUGUUUUUUAGUGUUCCACUUUACUGGCAUUUAAGAUAGGAAGUGGUUUUAAAUUUUAUUGCAAAAGAGAGCGCCACAGCCGGUCUUUACGGUUUGUUUUUGAGUAUUAGCUCCUUAACUGCCUUUUAUUUGAAUGCAGGGAUGAGAAUUUUCCGCGGAAUCCCGCGGAUUUUAUCAUUGCCAGGGUCAUUCUUGUGAAUCGUCUAAAUUCGAGGAGAAUUUUUUUUGGGGGGGGGGGGUGAGGUAUGUUUAUGGUCGGCGAGUCGUAAUAUCGAACGGCUGCUAAUAUCCACCGCACUGAAUGCUAGCUGUUACUCAGUGAGAGCAGUCAUGUACAGUACUGUAAUCGAAUCACCAUGAAGUAUAGAGUCCAGGGAUGGGAAUUUUCCGCGGAUCCGCCGAUUUCCACCGAUUUCAUUUCAAGUUUGAACACUUUAUUGUCGCUGAUACUCCCGCGAGAUGGUAAGGACGUUAACGAUAGCUUGUUAACGACGAUUGUAAACGGCCCAGCGAUUGGAAGUCGCUGCGCCGCCGCCGCACACAUACCCCCCCCCUCUCAACAACUUUCCGCUGGAAUCAGAACUUGCUGAUCUCAUCCCUGUGAAUGAGAGGGAGCUUUACACGAGCAGAGUGCAUAUCUUCAGUUUCGUCAUUCUGAGCUCAUGUCUUCAUUGUUUAAGCGGGAAACCAAGCGUUUCGUGUUCAUUCUCAAGUGAGUGUUGCACAUCUCCAAAGGGUCUAGAGGGAAACAAAGGGGCAAGUUUUGUGUACUGUCCAGCUCUUAAUGUAACAAACAUCACAGAGAGCGAGAGAGAGAGCUGUAACUGUGGGCAUCCAGCUGCAUCUGAUACAGAAGCCUCAAUGUCUUCAGUGUCAUUAACACAGUCGUCUAGCAUUGUAGGGUGAAUAAUCACCUCAUUAAUUUUGUCACUUUACGGUGUUAGGUGUCAUAUCAACUACGGUUGUGUUGAAGAGCCAAUACAGGUGCAGGGCGGUGCAGACUAACUGCUGGAUCCUUUCACCGCUUACUUGAUUCAUCUCAGCCAGUAUGCACAGUUAGUGUUUGUACAAGACUGUGAACUCAUUUUAUUUGGUUUGUGAGGGUGAUCUGUAGAGGUCCUCUUUGCCCCUUUCUAAACAGCCUGCCUUUGACGCUCAUAUCAUGUUCUUCUUGUCAUGUAUCGGUGGUCAGAGCUGAUAUGGAAUGAUUCAUGGAGCCAUCAGUCCUUUGCCGACGUGGACUAGUGUUUUUUUUCUUCCAACAACGCACAUGUGCAUGUUCAGUCCAAGUUUAGCACACUAUGUUACUUCCACUGUUAUCAGUAAUAAUCAGACCAGGAAUUAUGCUCAAAACCUGAAACCCAACAGCUUUUGGAGCCUCCCCUCCCAUUCCUUCUUGUUUUCAUCCCUCUGCCUUUUCCUUCUGUCCUCCUUUUUUCACUGCUAAACUGUAAAUAUCAAGUACCUUUUAUUUUAUUUUGUUAUUUUUGUUAUUAUUGUUAUUAUAUUGUUGUUCUUGUAAUUUUUUUUUCUCUAGUAGACCGGUGCAGCAGCAGCCGGACUGUUUAUCCUCAGUCGCAGUCUGUAAAUAUGAUUUCAUUUCAGUCCCUGGUUAAGGAGGGGAAAACAGAACAAAAUGUUUCAUUUUUAUUCUCUCUCCCUUCAUUCCUCUCUUCAUAACUUUCCCUUUUCCCCAUAAUUGCUGUCAUAACUGUUUUAUUUAUUGUAUUGUGUUUGGGGGAGGGGGGGUCUUUUCUGAAAUUGGGGGAUUUUUUUUUUUUUAUUCCAGAUAUUCGUUAAGCAGUGUCACAUGCAAAACUAUUUCACAUCCAAGAUACUGUACUCAGAUCCAGACAUUGGAGUGUGCUUUCCAAUCAGUGGUGGUGUAGGUAUGCAGGCACGCAUGCUAGCCAACAGGUGGAACUCCAAUUUUUCAUCUAACUUCAGUGUGAAGGGAAUGUUACAAGCCUCUGGAUCUGUGGGAUCGUGGUGUAGGGAGGAAGAAUGGAUCAGUGUGUGUGUGUGUGUGUGUGUGUGUGUGUGUGUGUGUGUGUGUGUGUGUGUGUGUGUGUGUGUGUGUGUGACUGUGUGUGUGACUGGAGAAAAGGGGAAAGUCAAUCUGUCCACUGACAUGUAUCAUCUCCUUUGUCUGACUGUUUCCUUUUUUUGCUUGGAGUGUCAUGUAAGUGUAACAGGUCUGGCCUGUUAUUACAGUAAGUAUGUUUGACAGAUGGUGAGUUUCAAACGGCUCAGCUGCAGGGAAUGUAUGUGUGUUUGUAUGCGCACUGGCAACAAUGGACAUUAUUCUCUGUACUUCUUGCCAAAAGAACAGCUGGCUCAAUGUGCUAUUUUAAUGUUGUUUUUUCAUCUUCUGAUUUGUCACAUUUUGUUUUUAAUUUGCUGUGACCCUGCUCUAUUACCACCAUUGACCGAGGGUAAAAUGUCAUUGUUGAAAAGAGAACAGUUGGAUAAAGGAGAUAAUGACGAGAGAGGGAUGGAGGGAGAGACCGUUUUUGUUUGUUGGUAUAAAUAAUUAAACUCAUUAAUAAAGUGAUGAAACUGU